AUGGCGGCCGCCAUGGCGUGGCUGCGGCGGGGCGUCUGGGUCCCGGCCCGGCGGUGCGGGCUGGCGGCCGGCCGGAGCUACAGCGGUGGCGGCGCCUACCCCAGCGUGUCGCUGACCUGCCCGCUGCCCGGUGUGCCCAAGGCGGUCUUCGCGGCGGCCGAGGGCCGGGAGCGCUUCGAGACGCGGGUGACGGUGCUGGAGAACGGGCUGCGAGUCGCCUCGCAGAAAAAAUUCGGGCAGUUCUGCACCGUGGGCCUUCUUAUAAAUUCGGGAUCGAGACACGAAGCGAAAUACCUCAGCGGGAUCUCCCACUUCUUGGAAAAGCUGGCCUUCUCUUCCACAGCGCAGUUCGGCAGCAAAGAUGAAAUUCUGCUCACCUUAGAGAAGCACGGGGGCAUUUGUGACUGCCAGGCAUCAAGGGACACCAUAAUGUAUGCUGUUUCUGCUGACGCCAAAGGCCUGGACACGGUGGUCAACUUGCUGGCUGAUGUAGCCCUGCAGCCCAGGUUAUCAGAUGAAGAAAUUGAGAUGACUCGCAUGGCUAUCCGAUUUGAGCUUGAAGACUUGAAUAUGAGACCUGAUCCAGAGCCUCUCCUCACCGAAAUGAUCCACGCGGCAGCCUACAGAGACAAUACAGUUGGACUGAACAGGUUCUGCCCGGUGGAAAACACUGAGAAGAUCGAUCGGCAGGUCCUGCACUCCUACCUGCGCAACUACUACACCCCAGACAGGAUGGUGCUGGCCGGGGUGGGCAUCGAGCACGAGCAGUUGGUGGAGUGUGCCAGGAAACAUCUGCUGGGAGUGGAGCCGGUGUGGGGCAGCGGGCAGAGCAGGGACGUGGACAGAUCCGUGGCUCAGUACACAGGAGGCAUCGUCAAGGUUGAAAAAGAUAUGUCAGAUGUGAGCCUGGGCCCUACUCCCAUCCCAGAGCUUACCCACAUCAUGAUUGGGUUAGAAAGCUGUUCGUUUUUAGAGGAAGAUUUCAUUCCCUUCGCAGUGUUAAACAUGAUGAUGGGAGGCGGUGGCUCUUUUUCAGCCGGAGGGCCUGGCAAGGGCAUGUUCACCCGCCUGUAUCUCAAUGUGCUCAACAGGCACCACUGGAUGUAUAAUGCAACCUCUUACCACCACAGUUACGAGGAUACAGGUCUCCUGUGUAUACAUGCCAGUGCAGAUCCAAAACAGGUUCGAGAGAUGGUGGAAAUCAUCACAAGAGAGUUCAUUCUAAUGGCAGGAGCAGUAGGAGAGGUAGAACUUGAGCGAGCGAAGACGCAGCUGAAGUCCAUGCUCAUGAUGAACCUGGAGUCUCGGCCAGUUAUCUUUGAAGAUGUGGGAAGGCAAGUGUUGGCCACAAACACAAGGAAGCUGCCUCACGAGCUCUGUGCCCUCAUCAGUCAGGUGAAACCUACUGAUAUCAAGAGGGUGGUCACUAAGAUGCUUCAUAAGAAGCCAGCUGUGGCUGCCCUGGGCGACUUAACAGAUUUGCCCUCUUACGAGCACAUCCAGACGGCGCUUUCCAGCAAGGACGGGCGGCUCCCUCGGCUGUACCGGCUCUUCCGAUAAAGCAGCGCACCCCGCGCCCCUGACAGACUUGCUUCUUUUUUUAAGAUAUUUUUGACAUUAUAAUAUUGCUGCGAGCCCUCUUCCCCCCAUCUUUCCAGGCAUACUGUGCAGACAUGGAGCUAUGCGACAGCUGAACAAAGCUGCUUCACGACUCUGGACCGUGAGGAGCUCGUUGUGUUGGGCUCAAAGGCCCACCCUGGCUCUGGGGCUUCGGCCCUCCAAGUAGGUUACAGCCUUCUCUUGGCAUUGGGGAGAACACAGCAAGCCAAAAUAUUCAUCACUACAACUGAAAGCAUGUUAUCUGAGAAGUCACUGCUGUGUUAUCACUUGAUCAUAGCAGCAGUAGAGGUGGGGCUGUCACACGGGAGGUGCUGGUGUGUGCCCUUCUGGUGGGAUGUGGUGGCACCUAAAGAGGCUGGGCUUAUGGAUCUGAAUUCAAAGAAUAUUUAUAGCCAUUACCAAGGUGAGCAAAGACUUGGUCAAACUGAAUUAGGAAAAUACCAAUUGUUAUCCAUGUGAGUAACAGGAUUCCUGCAGUCCAGGUUUUGUUACAAGCAUCAUGGAUCCAUUUCAUCGGUGUAAUUUACCAUCUGUAGUACUAUUAUAAGUUACAUGGCUGGAAAUAAAUAACUUCAUCAUUUUGCUAGAGCUCAGAGGAGAGUAGACUUAUGGCAUAACUAAGUUUCUGUAGAGAGAUACUGUAUGUAAUGCUACAUGGACACUUAGUGUAGAAUUAAAGCAGUCCUCUUCUUUGGGUUUUUCAUUAAGUGAACUACGCUAAGGAAUAGAAGUUCUUUUACUCCUGAGCUGGUACCAAAACAGGAAGUUAUUAAAGUUGCUGCUGCAUCCUACUUCCUUCAAAUUGUCACAUAGAUGAACUUAAGGCCUUGCAAAAAGAAGACGUAAUGGUCAGUCUCAGAGCAGAGCUGGAGCUCAGACCAAAAUGAUGUUCAGAAAGCUCUUUAAAGUGAGUGACACGAAGGUGAGUGCCACUCGUAUGAUAUACUGAAGAAGACCCAAAAGAGAGGAAAUUAAACAUUUGACUUACAUAAUCCCCUAAUAUAUGGGCUUAAAAAUGUCGAGAGCUGCAUUGCAGCACUUCACUGGCUCGAUGAGCGUUGUAAAGAGCAAUCAAACUGGGAGCAGAACACGGUGAGGCAGCUACUACCUGCUUUACCCCCACACCUUUCCUCCUGCAACUAGAAAAGAUGUUGCAUCGCUUCUUGUGGAACCCACAGUAUGAGAGUCCUGUUCAGUUGUUGUGUAUGUUCAUAAGAAAAUAAAGAGACCUCUGAAUGACUGGA